AUGCGUCAAUUCCAAAAUGUCUCCAUAUCGCCAUGGGCGAAUCCAUACAGCGGCAAUACAGCGCCCAGCACCAGGAGGAGCCCCUAUGCCCCGGUGACUGCACCGCAGCCGCAGCCGUACCAGCCUCUGCUUCGGCGGCCUCCAACAGUUUCCCACUCGGAAGUUGUACAGGUAGCCGAUGAAGGGGGCGAUGGCGGCCAAGCAGAAUCUGCCAGUGCCCCAAUUGCAGCCGAGCCUUCAGAGUCAGCACCGGUUUCGGAUAUGCCAGCAGAAUCAACCCCUCCACAAGAAGUAUCCCCUUCAGAGGAAUCCACGCCAGCAGAAGAGCCCUCAACAAGUUCUGCCGAAGAAGUAGCCCCUCAAGAAGCCACUCCAGAGCAAGAAGUAGAGGCUCCUCCAAGUAGCGGAGAUGACGUAGUAGCCGUUGAAGUCAUAGCCAAUGACAUCAAAGACGAACCUCCAGGACCGGACGACAGCGCUUCACUGCCUCCUCCCCCUCCCCCUCCCCCAGCACCGGCAGAUGAUGCCCCUGUUGAGCCCGAACCAAGUCUCCCGGCACCGCCUGCUGAGUCUGUACCACCGCCGCCACCGGAACCGCCAGUAGAAACGGUACCUGAGCCCGUAGUUGAUGAGAGUGAGAAGAGUGGUGAGUCCGAGCAGGCCGCUCAAGAGCCCCCGAAGUCUCCAACCGAGAAGUUUGUCCAUUUUGCCUCUGACACCAAAGACCCAGAAGCCUCAACUCUUGGCAAAAAAAAGCUACAGUAUGCCUUCGGAAAGGGUAAGGCCAACGCUUUUGUACGUGUCAAGAAGUCAUCUGCGACUUCUCAGUCAGCGCCCCCGCCCCCAAAGGAGGAGAAGAAGAAGGUCACGACUCCCAUCAGCAUCAUCAAGAAGAAGGAGCGAAGGAGCUCUUCACUCUCAGUAUCAUCUAUCGAGAAGCCGAAGAUCAGCAAGGGGGACAAGAAGUCAAAGAGCAAGACUGAAGGCACCACAGGCGAGGAAAAGGCGAGCUCUGGGGAGGAAGGCGCAAGAUCAGAUGUCUCCGAAAGCGUAAUCGUCGAAGACCCCGCGGAGGUUACCCCCGAAUCGGUCGCGAGCGAGUCGGUACCACCAAGCGAAGCAGCUCCCGAGCCCAGUGAGGUCGCCGUUAGCGAAGUAGCUCCCGAGCCAAGCGAGGUUGCUGUUAGCGAAGAUAACGCGGAGGUUCAAGAAGAGACCGCUAAGGAUGGUCCUCCUAGCGAGGAAGAGGCGCCUGUCUCGACAGAGGCUCCUGUUGAGAGCGAACCGCCGACAUCAGACACACCAGCAGAUGCUGAGGAGCCAUCGCAAGAUGAGCCAGCACCCGUUGUAGAAGAUGUCAGCGCUCCAGAAGCUGUUGUUGAAGCUGAGACAACACCAGCAGCCGAGGAGACAUCUGUUCCAGUGGACGAGCCGGCGGCUGAUUCAACAGUGAAAAGUGAAGUUCCUGCACCAGCAGAGGUACCUGCCGAAACAUCAGAGGCUCCCCCUGACGAACCCGAAUCACCAAGCGAGCCGACCCCUGAGCCAGAGAUUAUCCAAGCGGAAGAUGCUGCACCAGCGGAGCCUGCGCCAGAGGUUACAGACGAAGCAAAGCCUGUUGAGGCAGACGCUCCUGUCGACGAAGCAACCGCAGCUUCCGAAGAGGCCGUCAUUGUUGAGGAGACACCAGCCCAACCAACAGUGCACGAACCACCCGCAGUCGAGGAGAGCGUCAACACAGAGCAACCAGCUGUUGACGAAACACCUGCUGAGGAGACUUCUGUUGAGGAGACACCAGCCCAACCAACAGUGCACGAACCACCCGCAGUCGAGGAGGUCGCUGACACCGAGGAGCAGCCAGCUUCUGUUGACGAAGCUCCUGCUGAGGAGACACCAGCUCAACCAACAGUGGAUGAACCAUCCGCAGUCGAGGAGAGCGUUAACAAAGAGCAACCAGCUCCUGUUGACGCAACGCCUGCUGAGGAGACGCCUGCUGCCGAGGAGGCAACUGCUGAUGAAGAUGUCACAUCUGCAGAAAUAACACCAGCCGCAGAAGAUACGCCUGCUGGAGAGCCUCCUGUCGAAGAGACGCCUGCUGUCGAGGAGGCACCUGCCAUUGAAGCGACACCGGCUACAGAAGAGGCCCCAUCUGCGGAAACAACAUCAGCCGCAGAAGAGACGCCUGCUCCGGAAGAUUCUCCCGUUGACGAACCGACACCAGUCUUUGAGGAGACGCCUGCUCCUGACGAUGCGCCUUUUGCAGAGACACCGGCAGCAGAGACACCGGCUCCUGAAGAGACAUCUACUCCAGAAAAAGACACCCCUGCUGCCGAAGCAACCCCAUCUGAUGAGACCCCUGUUGCCGACGCAUCUACUGCCGAGGAGACACCAGCUGUAGAGGCGGCAGCCGUUGCCGAAGACACUUCUGCUGCCGACGCGACUCCAUCUGCUGAAGAGGCGCCUGCUGCGGAAGUACCACUAGUUGUUGAAGAGACGCAAGCUACAAAGGAGACACCGAUUACCGAAGAGCCAGCUACUGAAGAGGCCCCUGCUGCCGAUGACGCGCCUGCUCUCGAUAAGACGCCUACUGCGGAAACAUCAGCCCCAGAGGAGACGCAUGUUGCCGACGCGAUACCGACAGUUGAAGAGACAUCGGUGGUUGACGAGGCACCAGUCGCUGAAGAGGUGCAUGAUGACUCUGAGGCGAUCGCUGCAACAGAAAUGCCUGCUGUGGACGAAGCACUACUGCCAGAGCCAGAAGUCGCUGUUGAAGAAGAGAAGAUUCCCCCUCUCGACGAGAUACCGGCAACCGAUCCGGCAUCAGCCGCUGAAGAGUCUACUAGUGUUCAAGGAUCUACCGCUGCUGAAGAGGCUACGCCUGCUGCUGAAGCCACGGAAAAAGCACGCGUGUCGGUUGACGAUUCGCUUCCGGAACAAGAGUCCACUAGCGAAGAGUCUCCCGUCGUCGAAGAACAGUCACCGGCGCCAGUUCCUUCCCCCGAAGAUAACGAGGAGGUAAGCGACAGUUCAACAGAGCCUGCACAAGACCUUCCUGUCGUUGAGGAACCCGCGGUAGAGAGCCAGCCCGAGGAGGCUCACCCCGUUGUCACUGAAGAGCCAGUUGCUGAGGAGUCGGGCGAGGUUUCAAUACCUGCGGCCGAGUCUGCUCCUGUAGAUGCAUCGUCAAGUGAGAGCGAAAGCGUGAAGGACCCACUCACCACCGAUGCAACAACUGAAGCACAGGUCGAAGAUACAAUGGAAACAACUGAGCCCGCCGUUAUCGAUGACGCCACCCCAGCUACUUCUGGUGAAGCGGAUAGCGCCAUCGACACUGUAGACGAUCUGACCGAGUCGCCCAUAGACGCACCGGCAACCGAGGUGGUAGCUGAUGUAGCAGAGGCUGCCGCCGACCCAGUUCUCGUCGACGAUCACGUAGUCGAAGAGGCAUCAUCGGAGGAUGUUGUGGCUGACGUAACCCAGAGUGAGCUUCCAGUGGUAGUGGACAAUCUGGUCGACACCGAGGCUUCCAACGAAGACGGUGUGCAUGACACCAGUGCUGCACCCGACGAAGUUGCUGCCACCCCCGAAUUGGAGGACAUUCUCGAUGACAUAAGCCCUUCCGCGGAGCUAGGUGCUGAGGAAUCCGAGAAUGAUAUCUCGGACUGGGAAAGGGACGACGACGACGACUCUUCACGAGCGGGCCAGAGCGAAACCGACGAAUCCGAACAUCCAGACACGGAGGACUCCAGCGUUGCCAAAAGCUCGUUCGAUAUCACCGAGGCGGAAGACAAGUUGGCAAUCCCACAGACGGCUGAGACGGUCAACAUUGUUUUAGUCGAGGACUGCCAUGAUGGUGCCUCAGCAGAACAUGCCGAUGCCAAGGAUGCAGCAGAUGGUGUAACAAUCGCCGACGACAAGGUAUCAGAGUCACUUGAUACACCCGAGACAGAUGCCACUGUCGAUGCACCGAUUGCAGAUGCAGGAACUGAGGAAGUCACUGGAACAGAUGAAGUUCAAGGCACUGAGGACGCGAACAUUAGCGGUGAAGACGCCAACGCCUCUGCCAGCGACGCCUCAGUGACACCAGAAGCCGAGCCCACUCCCAUACAAUCGAACACGGUCGAUGAGGGCGAUUUGACUCCUUCUGCAACAGAUGCAUCGGAAGCUGCAGCCGUUCAAGAGGUGUCCGUUGAUGAGGAGCCGGUGGAGAGCGUUGAAGUUGCCCAAGACGACGAACAACUGGCGGCCAUCGCCGAUGACGUGGAAUCUCAAAGCAUAAAAGCUGCCGACACUGAAGCACAUCUGGCCAAAGUCGACGAGACUCCGAGCGAGUCAUGCCCAGCUGACGCGACGAGCGAAGCCAGCCCAAGUUCGGUCUUAGAGGAGGCUGACCUUGAGGCGCCAAGUGAACCGCCCACAAGCAACCACACCGUACCUGACGAUACCUUGACUGAUCCCACCGCUACUGAAGUCAUCCCGGAAACGAUCGAGCAGGAUGUCCCCGUAGCAAGUCCAACGCUAGCAGAAGGCGAAAGCAGCUCUGCAUCAGACAUGCCGGCUAAGGAUGCGUCGGAGGUGGUCCUCCAGGACGGUGGCCAUGAAGAGCCUCAACUACCAAUUGAGGAAGCGAAAGAGCCAGAGUCUGAUAUCGGAAGCGAUUCCGAGUCGGAAGAUGACGACUGGUCUGGGUCUGAAGUCUCUGAAGCAGCUCACGCAAGUGCAGCCUCACAUGCUGACGAUACGCUGGACUCCAUUGUCGGUCAAGAUGAAGAAGACGAGGGUGAAGAUGUGCCACAAGACGCCGAACCUUCUGUGAUUAUUGAUGAGCCCGAAGCGCCGCAGGAUGACCAAAUGCCUGCAGACGACGACGCGGGUUCUGACUUCACCGCUUCUGAGGUUGCGACCGCUCCCGUGCCUGAAGAAACUGCUCCCGUGACAGAGGAAGAUGCUGGCCAAACCGAGGACGGAGACGAAAGCGCUGAUCCCGAGUCGUUCAUGGAGGACCCUGCAGUCACGGACCCUGACCCGCAAUUAUCACUCGAAGUCCCAGCUGCGACAUCUGAAAUCAUCCCGGAAACUGAGUCCGCACCGCCCGAGCCACAGCCUGAAUCGGAAACCUCACCCGAAGAGGACUCGAAGGAAUUGCCAGAAGGUGAUUCUGACGAUAGCAUCAUCUCUCAGGAAACAGCCACAGACGACGACUCCUUGGUCUCCAUGGGAGAAUCUGCUGAGUCCGCGGAAGAUGCUACUACUCCUGCAGACGUACCUGAGCCGAGUGACGCGCCAAACCCAGAAAACGAUGCAUCCGUGGUGAGCGAGCCUGAGAGUUACGACGAAGCCCAGGAGGCUGAGUCGCAAUCGCCAGAUGUUGACAGUGCUGAACAUCAACCACCCGCUACGGAAGAACAAACUCCCGAUGCGGUGGAGCUGGAAGAAAACCAAGAGUUGGAAACUUCCGCUGCACCUGUAUCUGAGGAGGCUGAAGACGAAGCGGAUUCCAUCGUGCCAAAUGACGUCGCAGUGCAUGCUGGUGAUGUUUCAGUUGACGCGGCCGGUGAGGUGGAAGAGCCAGCGACUGCACCUGACGAAGACGAGGCUGAUUCUGGCUGGGACGAUUCUCAAGUUUCAAUCGAGCCAGAAUCUUCGGCAGUUGAGGCUCAAGCUGAAGAGCCAGCGGAAGAGCAGGUUGAGGAUGCCGCAGACGAGGGUGAGGAUGCGAGCGAAGCUUCCGUGUCAGAGGUUGACUCAGUCCAAACCCAAGAGCAAGAAGAAGACCAGCCUGCACCGGCUCCUGAAGAAUCAGUCGUAGAGGAAGAUGGAGAUGCAAUUGAACCCGCUGUUGAGGAAGAGAAGCUGGAUGACCAACCAGAGCCUCCACCGGCAGAAGAACCUGAGGAAGAUGCUGUGGCAGCUGUCGAGGAAGCCCCGGCAAUGCAAGAUACAGAGCCCGCAGAGGAAGCUGCACCCGUAGAGGCAGAAGCGAGUGAGGAAGUACCGGCGGGUUCUACGGAGGACGUUGCAGAAGAGAGUGUAGUUGAGGUGGCUGCACCCGAUGAUGAGGACGAUGUAGUGGAACCUGAACCGGCUCCAGUACCCGAGCCAAUCCCUGAAGCACCCCAAGCAGAGGAAGAGCCUGUGGAGGAAGACUCUGCGGAUGAAGACCCUGUGGUGGAGGAGCCUGCGGAGGAAGAACCUGUGGUUGAGGAGUCUGCGGAGGAAGAACUUGUGCCAACAUCCGAGGUUCAGAUCGAAGAUGAAGCACCAGUGGUGGUUGAGCCCGUGGUCGAAGACGAGCCUCCAGCUGAUCCAGAGCCGGAGGCCGAAGUCCAGGCCGAGGAGCAGUCACUGCCGCCAUCUGAGCCUGCAGCUGAAGAGGAGCCUCAGAUCGAGGCAGCACCCAUUGUCGAAGAGGAGCACAUCGAAGAGCCUGAGCCAACGCAAGAACCGGAGGCUGUAAUCGAACCCGAAGAACAAGAUGAACCGAUGCCAGAAACCGCCGAGGUAGUCGUUGAGGAGACUCCAGAGAUCCCAGAACCAGCACAGGAGCCUGAGCAAUCUCCCGAACCAGAGGUCGCUGCAGCGCCGGAACCUGAGCCUGCUGAACCCGAGGCAUCUCCGAUCGAACCAGAGGCCAUGGUCGACGCGACUCCCAUAGUUGAGGAAGAGGCUCCUGAGCCACUGGAAGAAGAAGAAGCCCACCAGGAGGUGCCAGAACUAGACAAUCAAGUCGAAGCGCGGGAACUUAUGGAGGAGAUACCCGACCAAGGAGUCCCUGCAGAAGAGCCUCUCGAGAGGAGUGAAACUAUCGACGCACCCCCGCCUCCAACGAUUGCAAUUCCUGUUGUGCACACAUCUGCCGACGAUGAUGUUGCUAGGGAUCGCGAAUUUGCUGUCGAAGACGGACCUCCAUCUGAGACUCCUACUCAAGAGAAAACGCGCCGUCGUCAUUCACGUGCCCAUCGAGACGGUCACCAUCACUCAAGUCGCAGACGCGAAAGUGGUGCUAGCACGCGGGAUCGACCAGCAAUGCCUUCAACAGCUCCUCCUGAGCCGCCAAAGACUAAGCGACGCGACAGCAUGACCGAACGCGAGGCCGCCGAGCGCAGAAAAGAAAGGCUCCGCGAGGCCGAGAGAACCAACAGCAGCAGCGACAGAGAGAGAGCCUACCCAGAGUAUCGCUCGCGGCACCAUGACGUCAAAGUUGGGGACAGACAUGUCAAGCGCCGCAUUGUUGAUGAGAAAGAAGAGGAGGCUGAACGACAGAGGCGACGCGAAGCUCGACGAGCUGAGAAAGAGCGUCUCGCCGCGGCAGAUGCUGCUAGGCUCAAGGCUGAAGAGGAAGCAAGAAAACUAGAGCAUCGCGAGCGUCGUCGUGCAGUUAAACGGGCAGAGGAAGAACUUGUAAGGGCGAUUGAAGAACGGCGCAGACUCAAAGAGGAGAAGAAGGCCGCCGCAGAAGAAGAGGAGAGGCGUAUUCGACAUGAGAAGAGACGGCAACGGCAUGAGGCUGAGAAAGAAGCAAGGCGGCAGGAGCAAGAGGCAAAGCUUUUGGAAAAAGAGAGGGCUGAACAGGCAUUGCGCGACGAAGAAGAGGCUCGAAGGCUACGAAGACAGAAGAGAGCAGAGCGUGAGGCAGCCAAGUUGACCGCCCCAAGACCGAGGGAUGAGGAUUUCAUGGAGCCAUCUCGGGAUACUGCUCGACGAGUUGCGGAAGAAGACGAACUUGACUCUUCCUCCCCUCCGCCUCCGCCUCUAGACGUCGAAACCCCUCCUCGCAGUGCCCCACGUAGACGCCUGAGUACCCGCGAUACUCCACCAAACGUGAAGCGUGGUAGCCUCUUUGGCAUCUUCGGUCGCUCAAAAACCGAAACUGCCUCACCUACCUCAAAGCCCACGAGAUCGUCGACUCGCGCACGCGCCAACACCAUGGAGGGUCUUGUCAAGGUAUCGCGGAGAGAAUUGGAGACGGACAGGCCUUCAAGUAGGGAUCACUCAUCGAACGAGAGCCGCGAACGUACCGAACGUCCUCAUCGCAGUCGCCGUCACUCACACGCCCAACGCCGCCAAUUCGCAUCGCCCGAAGAGGAAGCGGACUACUACAAAUGGAAGGAAGAGCGACGUUACAUGCGCCGUCCAGAACAUGAGAUGUCUGGCGGUCGUGAUGGAGGAAUGUCUGUCCCCCAACCUGUCGAUGAUCUUCCUCCGCCACCGCCCGAGCCUUUCGAAUAUGAGAUGGACGCUGAAGUGAUCGACGACUCACCAAUCAUUGAAGACUCUGCCGGUGUCGUUGGUGUACCUUCCAUCUCAGAUGAGGAGCGUCGCCAGCGUCGUCGCAGCAGGCGGCCGUCCAAGCUCGAAGAACGCCCAAAGACACGUCGCAUCUCCGUCACCGAGAAAGAGAGGCCUUCUGGUCGUCGUGUCGAAUCUGAUCGUCCACGCACUAGGGACCGUGGUGAAGAGCGCCCGCGGCCCAAGCGAGGCGAGACUGAGCGACGAGACAGGAGGAAGAAGAAGGAAGAAUCAAGUGGCCUCAAGGGGUUACUUGGUGGUUUGAAGAGAAGGAUUGCUUGA